AUGUUUGAGGCUCGACUUCCCCAAGGCCGUAUCGUAAAGCUCAUUGUUGAGGCCAUGAAGGAUCUUAUCUCCGAGGGCAAUAUUGAUUGCACUAAAUCAGGACUCGCACUGCAAUCAAUGGAUGGUUCACACGUGUCUCUUGUGUCACUAUUGCUCCGUGCCGAAGGUUUUGAGCAUUACCGUUGUGACCGUAACAUUUCAUUGGGUAUACAGACUGCAUCUUUAUCCAAGAUUCUCAAAUGCUCCGGUAAUGAUGACGCACUAUCACUCUCUGCUGAAGAUAAUGGUGAUGCACUCAAUAUCAUGUUUGAAGCAACAUCGGGUGACCGUGUCUCAGACUUUUCACUCAAGUUAAUGGACAUUGAUAGUGAACAUUUGGGUAUUCCUGGUACGGAAUAUGUAGCAACGGUCCGUAUGCCAUCAGGUGAAUUCCAACGCAUUUGUCGUGAUUUACAAACCAUGGGAGAUACAUGUACAAUCUCAGUGGGAAAAGAAGGGGUCAAGUUUUCCGUAUCAGGUGAUCUUGGUGCUGGAAAUAUUACGCUCAAGAACAAUACAGCUGCUGAAAAAGAGAGUGAUCGUGUUAUUAUCACGAUGGAAGAACCUGUUGAACUGACGUUUGCUCUCCGGUAUUUAAAUAUGUUUGCGAAAGCAACGCCAUUGUCCGAGACGGUCACGCUAAGCAUGUCACCUGGUAUUCCAGUGGUUGUUGAAUACGCGAUUGGUGACAUGGGUUAUAUGCGUUUUUACCUCGCGCCAAAGGUUGAGGAGGAUGACUAA